GUCACGGUUGCGCUCCUGCCAGUGCUACAUCGGCCAGCAUGCUAGCCGUCCGCAGACUCCCUCGCGCGUGUGCAAGACUCUCUGGGUCAAGAGGAAACGCGUCGCUGCAGCCGACAGAUGCUCCUGCCAACUCGGUAACACCGCCGCCUUCACCACCUCGAGCAGCUGCCCCGGCGCCGAAAUCCGCACCAGCGCCCUCUCCUUCCAAGGCUGGCUCUGAGGCGACUGGCACAGAAACUGCUGCGGAAGGAACCAAGCAGAAUGGACGGAAUUGGCCAACGCACAGGCCGCGCAUCUCGUUGGAGCAUCCAAGGCAGUGGAACCGACCUCUAGCGAAGGGUGUGCUUCCAGUGUAUGACCUCGCGCUGCAGUACAUCGAGGAGGACUCGAAGGCACUGAAGGUGGAGCUCGAGGAAGUGCGCAAGGCUCUCCAGGCUGCCGAGACCGCUGGCGAUGUCCAGCGCGGGCAGGAGUUGUCCGAGAAGGCGAGGAUCAUCGAGAUUCAGAGCGAAGUCAACCUGCCCGACGUGCGCUGGAAGACUAUGAAUGGGAUGGCGGACAUGAGCCAGCUGAGCUACAGGCACUUGUCGGAGAAGAGGUGGAGGGAAGACGGAGUGUUGGACCUCCUUAUGGAACGUAUCCACCAAAUGAACGUCGUUCCUGAUUUGCUUGCCGACCUGCGCCCUACAAUUGACCUCCGUCUCAACUUCCCGGAGCCGCCGCCAGAGGACACGUACCGCCGGACGCGCGUGAAGCGGCGUUACCAGAAGGUUGAGCCCGGUAUAUAUCUUCUUCCGGAGCAGACAUGGAGGCCACCUAUGCUGUACACGACUGUAUGGCAUACCGAUACACGACUCUAUACGUUGUUCAUGGUUGAUCUGGACGUCCCCAAUGAGGCGACCCAGUCGUUCCAGGCUUAUUUGCACUGGAUGCAACCAAACAUACCUCUCUCUGCGUUCUCUACCUCACCAAUCUCGAUCCCUCAUCCGCACACCCACUACAUUCCGCCGCACCCGCAACAGGGCACGCCAUAUCAUCGCUAUGCGGUAUUGAUGCUGCCUCAGGCAUCCCCUACCGAGCCUCUUAAAUUGCCCAAGAUUUCUGAGGCAGCUCGGCUCGGGUUCAACUUCCGUACCUUCGCGGAAGAGCAUGGGUUUGACGGGAGCAAGGGUGGUGGCGCGCAUAUGUGGAGAGAAGUCUGGGACGAGACAGUCUCUAAGAUAUACCGGGAUGUCCUCAAAACGGAUGAGCCCCGGUACAAGAGGCCCGCGAGGAUGGACCCGUAUGUUGAGGUCAAGACCGGUAAAAAGUACAUCUAAUAGAGUAAUACUGGGCUAUUGUUGGCUCUGCUGUGCUGGUCCUAUACGUAGAGACGCUGUUCCUCUGACAGUGGCAAUCUGAGGCCGUAAUGCAGUGUUGAGAGCA